GCCAAACCAAGAAAAGUCUUAGCCAAUAGCCAUUAACCAUGAUCAAUUUUUCUUGUUCAUGGAUCUUUCUUUCUUUAGUUAUCCUCUUUAGCCAUGGAGGAUUCCUUAAGCUUGAAGCUUCCCAUAAUAUCUAUAGACAUCUCCAAUCUGCUAGUGAAUCAUCUUCUGUAGAUCAAAAACAACCUUAUAGAACUGCUUUUCAUUUUCAACCUUCUAAGAAUUGGAUGAACGAUCCUAAUGGACCCUUCAUUUACAAAGGGAUUUAUCAUCUCUUCUAUCAAUACAACCCAUUCGGGUCGGUUUGGGGAAACAUCGUUUGGGCCCAUUCAACUUCAACGGAUCUAGUGAACUGGACACCACAUCCCCACGCGAUAUACCCGUCGAUUCCUUCGGAUAUCAACGGAUGUUGGUCCGGUUCAACCACCAUUCUUCCUAAUGGAAAACUCGUCAUUCUCUACACGGGAAUAAACAAGGAAAAUCACCAAGUUCAAAACAUGGCCGUGCCCAAAAACCUGUCCGAUCCAUAUCUUUUGGAAUGGGUCAAGCCCACUUACAACCCGUUGAUGGAACCGACCCCAUACAAUGAGAUCAACGGAAGUUCGUUUAGGGACCCGACGACCGCAUGGAUGGGACCCGACGGUAGAUGGAGAUUGAUAGUCGGAAACAAGAAGCGUCAACGCGGAAUCGCCAUCCUUUACCGAAGUAAGGAUUUCGUGCGGUGGACUAAAGCUCAGCACCCAUUACAUUCCGUUAAGGACAACGGAAUGUGGGAAUGCCCCGAUUUUUUCCCUGUAUCGAGUGAAAAGACAGAAAUCGGGUUGGACACGUCAACUAUAGGAAAUGGGGUUAAACAUGUUCUUAAGGUAAGUUUGGACAAUACUAGGUACGAGUACUAUACGGUUGGAACUUACGAUAUUAAAAAGGAUAAAUAUAUCCCGGACGUGGGAUCCGUGGAGAGCGACUUCGGGCUGAGAUAUGAUUACGGGAAAUUUUACGCGUCGAAGACCUUCUUCGACAGCAUUAAGCAUAGGAGAAUCUUAUGGGGAUGGAUCAACGAGUCAACUAAUGCUACCCUUGAUAUAGCCAAGGGAUGGUCUGGAAUUCAGGCAAUUCCUAGAGAAAUGUGGCUAGACAAAUUAGGAAAACAAUUAAUACAAUGGCCAAUUAGAGAAAUUGAAAAACUAAGGACAAAACAAGUCAGUAUUCCUAGGAUGGAUCUGAAAGGAGGGUCUUUGGUCGAAAUUUCUGGUGUCACAGCCUCACAGGCGGACAUAGAAGUGACAUUUGAAUUACCUAAACUCGAACAUAACAAUGUUGAGACGAUAGAAAAGAGUUUAUUGAUGAAUCCGAAAAUGGUUUGCGGUCAAAAAGUGACAUCAGUUAAGGGCAUGUUUGGACCGUUUGGGCUAUUGGUCUUAGCCUCCAAGAACUUACAAGAAUACACAGCUGUCUUCUUUAGAAUAUUUAGAGUUGACUACAAAUACGUGGUUCUCAUGUGCAGUGACCAAACCAGGUCAUCAGCUUAUCUAGAUUAUGACAAACCGUCUUACGGAGUUUUCCUAGACGUGGACCCCACUAAAGAAAAGUUGUCAUUAAGGAGUCUGAUUGAUCGAUCCAUAGUGGAGAGUUUUGGAGGGGAAGGGAAGGCAUGUAUCACUUCAAGAGUGUACCCAAGUUUGGCCAUUGAUGGUGGAGCCCACUUGUAUGCUUUCAACAAUGGAACUCAAUCUGUAAUAAUCUCUAGUCUCACUGCUUGGAGCAUGAAAAAUGCCCAUAUUAAUUAAUUAAGUGAUCUUAAUUAAUUAGUAUUAAUAAAAUAUUUGGACUCUUAAUUCUAACAAG